UUAACUUGAACAUAUUUCAGUCAGUAUAGAGUUUGAAUUCAAACAGCGCUAUCAAGCCAUGAGGUACAUACUGUUCUUAUGCCUCUUUCCCCUGAUUUACUGCAAUUCAAUAGACGAUUUGACAGAUCAAUGGAUAAAUGAUUUUAUGAAUAGCCAGCAAACACAUAAAAAUAAGCAGAGCGGACCUGAUUUGACACCAAGUAGGAAACUUGAUUUGACACCUAAGCGGGAAUCGAACCCGUCACCUGCACAAAAACCACCCAACCCACAACCGAGUGAGAAAGUGAGCAGGUCUUGUGUGACUAAUAACAAUGUCAAUGGAGAAUGUGUGGAGUAUUUUCUAUGUGAAGACUACAGCACCAUUAUUGACGACGAAGCGGACGUUCUUACUCCGAAAGACGGCAGCAAAACCUGCAGUCACCAUUUAGAAGUUUGCUGUGAACUCGACGAUAUAAAUUACAGUGACGAGAACACAGACUCUGUAGGGCUUUCUAACGAAAAUUCUUUCGAUAGUGCUCCUGCCAUCCCAAACCCAACUACUCCCAACAAACAAACUCCUCUAAACCACCCAGUUACCCAACGUCCCUUCACAAUACCGAAGAAUCCUUUAGCUAAGCCUACCUUAUCCAGUACUGAUGCGAAUGACAGUAAAAAAGAACUAAGUCGCGAGACUUCGUUUUUCACAAGUAACGUUUUUGAUGACAUACAGAUUAGGCUCAAUAACAUACUCAGCAACGCGAGGCGGUACUACAAUCUGGUAUCUCUCUACGUUAACCACAGAUCUCAAUGUGGCUGGAGUAAUAUACAAAUGAGCCAAGACAAACAGGACAAUUUUCGACCUACCAACAAUACUAGUGCAUCUUAUGGCGAAUAUCCUUUUGUGGUCGCUGUCAUGUUGAGAAGCGAUAGUGACGUUUGGUCGUCAAAAUACUACGUCGGUGGCGGGGCAUUAAUACACUACAGAGUCGUUUUAACAACUGCUCAUGGUAUUGAAAAGCUACAAGCCAAUCAGUUGAAGUGCCGUGCUGGCGAAUAUGACGUGCAAACAGUGAAAGAGCAAUAUCUCCACCAAGAGAGGAAUGUCAAUAAAGUUGUUAUACACGAAGACUAUUAUAGAACUUCGCUAUACAAUGACGUUGCUCUAUUGUUUUUGGAGACGGAGUUCACAGCAGCUGCAAAUAUCGGUGUAGCCUGCCUAGCAUCCGUCUUUCCCCCAGUAGAAGAUUGCUACUCUAUGGGCUGGGGCAGAGAUGUGCCAAUCGAUAGACGGGGGAAUUUCGUUGCGAUCCUUAAAAAGGUCCCACUACCUCUUGUAAGCGCGAAAGAUUGUGAAUAUUUGCUUCAGACGAAUUCUCGUCUUGGUCCAUAUUUUGAACUCCACAAUUCGCUGACAUGCGCCGGCGGUGAAAGUAUGGUUGACACCUGCACAGGCGACGGUGGCUCCCCACUUGUUUGUGCUGUUGAAACGAGUGGUAUUGAAAAACGAUAUGUGGUGGUGGGUCUGGGGGCCUACGGGCUCGGGUGUGGCAAGAUAGGUGUACCUGGAGUCUACGUGAACAUCCCACACUUGUACAACUGGGUGACAAACCAGCUCGACUGGGAACAUGUUGACAAGAAAUUUGUUUUAUAAAAAUAAAUUAG